UCUGCGUACAGUAAAGUGCAGUUCUGCAGCCGGAUGCUGGAGAUGGGUGAGUCGCUACUGAGGGCCCAGCUACCAAAGUCUUUGAACAAUAACUUACUGACUUGAUUGCCGCUGUUAAAGUCCUUCAGCUCGUUUCCUCCCCCCCUGAGCGACAGAGUGUGAUAGAAAACGUCUCCGACCGACGGGCAUUGUUAGCUUAAAAGAUAACGAGCUAAUGUUGACGAGCGGGUUCAGGCCCAGCCAGGAGUUCACAACAUUGUUUUUGUCUGCAGCGCCACUUAGGCAGCUAAUAAAGCAGAUGCAAUUAGUGAAACUCACUGCUCUCACACACUACAGCACCUAGACCCUCACAUUCAGCCCAGUUCUUUAGAAUUGUGGACAGUUUUCCGCAGCACCACCAAUUGUUAGCUUAGCGUGUAAACGUUAGCUAACUGGUUUACAGCUAGCUGACUGCAUUUAAAUAAUGACUUCCAGGAGGACAGGCUAUGCUGGUAGCAUGGAUUCCUCUCCGUCAAAUAGCGGCAGCGGCUCGGUCCAUAGUGGAAACCGUAAACAAAGUAUAAUCAACAUUCCCGACAGGACCGGAGCAGAGUCCUGUUACGAUCGCAAAGCAGACAAGGGAGGAUACGGAGCCUCGCAGGGCAACAUGACUGUCACGUCCCUGAAAUCACGGCUCGCUCCGACCAUCCAGACUGCCAUGUCCGCUGCAGUGGACACGCUGCUCGGCGAAGUGGUGCUUGUUCUCAAUGAGACCCAGCAGGAGCUUUUGCACAAGGAGCAGGAGAAUGAAAGACUCAAAGUGCGUCUGGAGGUGUCAGAGAGGGAGCUGAAGACUCUGCAGGAGUGUCUGUGUAGCGCUCAGAAGCUCAUAGAUCAGCUGCAGAUCUCAUACACGGGCCCUCAGAGUAUUGGCCAGUCAGUUUUUGCCCCUUCACUGUCCUCAAUGGCUUCGAUGACCUCAGGCUUGGAACGGGACCACCAGAACCCCAGAAAUGUGAACGGGGCAGGUGUAGACUUGGGUCUUGGUGGCUCUGUGGAGGAAUCGCUUCACGGGUUUGAACCAAGAGACGACUACAAAAUGUGCCAGCUUUCAAUCCAGCCAGAUGGUUCUGUGACAAACCACGCUAUGGACUUUCCAUCCAAUGCGUCUCAUUUGUGCUCUGAUUCCAGCAGACCAGAUGACAGACAGUCUGAAGGACCAAGUGGAGUGUCCCGAUUUGAGAUUAAAGAGGAGCAGGGACCGGCGUCAGGCUCUGGGCAGCAAAGCAGGAAGGAUUCUGGGUUGCGUAAUGACAACAGAGCUGAUGAUGGAGACCUUGGCUUCAGUCAAGUUGGAGGAGAAGGAGGUUCCCAACGUUCGUUUACUCACCCACUGCGUCACCAAAGACCCAAUGCUUUGCAGCAGAGUGGACUCGAUGGACAGAAAUUGCUGGCAAGGACUCCUGGAGCAGGGAGAGGAGACAGUGUUUCACCAGGCAGAGCAGAGGACUCGGCAGGACCUUCGGCCCCUGACACAGUAGUGGAGCCCUCUGGAGAUCGUCCUCACCACUGCUUGGAGUGCGGAAAGACCUUCCGUCUGAUCUCCAGCCUGAAGAAGCACAUCCGCAUCCACACCGGAGAGAAGCCGUACCCGUGUGGAGUCUGUGGCCGUCGCUUCCGCGAGUCUGGUGCGCUUAAAACUCACCUGCGUAUACACACAGGCGAGAAGCCGUACUCUUGCUCUGAGUGUGGAAACUGCUUCCGCCACUUGGACGGUUUGCGCAAACACCGGCGCACGCACACGGGAGAGAAACCCUACGUGUGCGCCAUCUGUGGGAAGCGACUGAGCCGCCUGCAGCACCUCAAACACCACCAGCUCAUCCACACUGGAGAGAGACCAUGCUGCUGCCCCUUCUGCAACCGCAGCUUCAAAGAGCCCGCGGCGCUGCGGAAACACGUCCGUACGCACCGGGAGGAGGGCGGUCACAUGGGAAUCGGUGCCAGUGAUGACACGGACCCAGACGCCAUGGAUGACAUUAAUAACCUCCAUCCUGCAGCGCCGUCUCCUCAGAUGAGGUUUGGGGAGUGGGGAGCUGAGGAGGAUGACAGCUCAGUUGUGGACUGUGUGUAGAGGAUGAUUGAAGAAGUGUUGACUGCUGGUGUUUUUUUUACCACAAAACAUACUCGGGGUGAAAAACAUGGAACCAGGUGUUUGUGUAGUUUGUCAACAUGAUGGCUGAUUGUUCCAUGCUGUUAGCAUGAAGAACCAGGCUACUUAUAACACUAGCCUUGAAGCUUAGUUUUUAUCUGACAUUGUCAUGUUUUACAUUCUUAGCUGUAAAAAAACAUUUUCUAAAUAUCCACUGUACAUUCUUCAACAGCAGGUGUUUCUUAGCUGAGUUGUUCAAGCAGCAGCAGUAGUGUAGAGUUUCUUCUUGGCAUGUUAAGGUGCCGGUUUGCCACCUUUCUGGUAAUAAUUUAGGAAACUAAUGGCGAAAGUAGUAAAAAAUUUCUUGAACGUACCGUCAAACAUCAGCUGACUCACAGCUUGUUUACACUUUGAUUUUAGUCAGGACGAAACUGUUAUGAUUCUGGCCGUGAGUUUUAAAAAGCUUACAGUGAACAGAAAUAGCGGCUCAUGCUUCAUGUAGGUGACAAACCAUAUACAAUGUGUAAAUGGGUGUAUUUGACCAAACCAAAUUGAUCUUGAUAGGUGAUCAUAGGUGUAUACUAGGGAUGCAUGAUAUAGGAUGUUUGCUGAUAUUUUUCAACUAAUUUUGGCCGAUUGCAGAUAUGUUCACAUGUUUUUUCCAACUAAUGUUGGGAAACAUCAGCACCCUCCUGUAGGGCAAUUAACCUGUUAUUAUGCUUAUUUUGAUAGCCUUCUGUCAUGUGCAGACAUAGAAUACAAUGUUUUUCCUUUUUUUCAACAGACAAAAUAAGAACAUUACUUCAGCUUACAUGUAAAACAUGCCAUGCAUUUUAUUAUGUAACCUUUUUUAAAAAAAACUAUACAUUUUUAGCUUGACAGGUGUGAUCUGUCUGUCAGUAUUGACUGUGGGUCUGUGCUGAUACUUCCUUUUAGAGCCUUAAUUGGCUGAUGUAGAUGACAUACUGAUAUCAUCAUGCAUCCCUAAUACAUGCCAUUGGUGCGCUGACUGACACAAUAAUUUCCAACCACAUCUAUGAAACUGACUGAGAAUAUAUUGUGGGCAUUCUCCUUUUUCUUAGCAUAUUAUACAUUUUAAAGACCUACUCUGGUGAAAAUAAGGUUUUUUUAGCUUGUUUACAUGCCCGUACGGUGCAUGUAAUAAGAAUUCAAAGCCAUGUGGGAGAAUUUUCACCUGAUUUUUUGAGGUUAAUUCACCAAAGGGGGACUUUAGAAAAAUGCAUCACUUUCUCUUUACUUUCAUGCAUCUUUUAAGAUUAGGAAACUAAAAUGUGUAAGCUCUGGUGAUUUUAGAGAUGACUUCUGUCUCCUAUCAUGGCAUCAAUAUUUUAAUCUCCCACAUCUGCUCACUAUGCUUCACUAUGUAUUCAUGCAGACCGAACAUUACAGUGGUCAGUUCAUCUUGUUCUUAUCUUGAGCCAGUAUGGAGGUGAUGCAGCACUGAUUUCUUUGACUGAUAAUUAACUGGUUUCUCACAGUGAUCGGGUCCUCUGUGGGUGUAUGCAUCACCUUUGAAGCAUUUGAAGGAUAUAUAUUAAAAUGUAAUGUAUUAUGAUUUUAGUUACGUUUACACUGUAGUUGUUUGUGUCUCCAUGAAGCAUGAGCCAGUCCCUUUUGCUCCUGCUCUGCUCUGCAUUAUCUCCUCUUUCCACUCUGCAGAGCCCUCAUCAGUCUGUGUGACUGAUGACUGUAACAUUAUCGAGCUGCAGUUAUCUGAGUCGGGGAUAUCCUGGUGCGAAGAUAUCAGUACAUGCAUUUAUUUGUUUAACCAAAACAUAGAGGAUUAUUUGAAAACACGGUCAGCUGCCAUCAUCAGCAUGUGCCCAGAUCAAGAGCUUAAACAAUUGUUUUGUUGUUUCUCCAAGUCUGAUUAUCAUCUCUCUUGGACCACAUCUUGGCAUUCCGUUUUGUUUUUUUUUUCAAGCUGCUACUGUAUGUCUAGAAAGCCUUUCCCUUUCUGGACUUGUAUUAAUGUUACCAGCCAGUUACUAGCAAACAGACUCUGGUGCUUGCAUGUGCAUAUCUGUUCCUCCGCUGGCAGCAGUGCCGGCGGCUGUUUCUGUAUAUAAGAAUGUAGUUUUAGUUAUUUGGCUCAAUAAGGGUUAACAUUUGUGGAAAAGUUCCUGUGCAACAAUGACUUUUUAAAAGAAAAACAUGCUUGGAAAACAUCAGUAUGCUAACAUACAGUGUAAAUAUAUGUAACGUAAUUACAAUUCUUGCUGAUGCUCUGACGUGCGACGCCGCUGAUGCAUCAGGUUUAACAGCGGAGCAUUACUCUUCUUGGCCUUUUGAGCUUAGCUGUCUUUGUCAUUUGACAUGUAAUACUACUAUAACGGUCUCCAUGUAACUAUGCUCUGUACAUUUACAAGUGUGAGUCAUUUUAAAAGACACUAAAGGUGGUAGAUAUCUGUCACUGUGCAUAUCCACGAUAAUUCAUUUUGUCAGGUUAGUCUGUGCCCCAGAUAAUCAUAUUUAUUGUUUUUUGUAUUUCAAACAUGGGGGGCCUUUGCAUGUGGAUUUAAACUGAAAUGGCAUUAGUCCUUAAGACGUCGGUGUUAAAUGUGAGAUGAAUUACUUUUUUAUGCUUCUGUGUUCAAAAUAUAUUCGGCCACAUCACACUCACCUGUUACCCACUGUAAAUGUUACUAUAUUAAAGGGCCACGUUUCUA